CGCACUAGACACUCCUACAAACUCAGUUUCAGCUCAGCCUCCACACGCAACAUGUCUACCGAGCCCGCGAAGAAAGACUGGUCAGCGACUCAGUACCUCAAGUUUGGCAACGAACGCACUCGUCCCGUCUACGACCUCAUGUCACAGAUAGCCCCACACAUCACCACGCAGAAUCCACGGAUCUACGAUCUAGGCUGUGGCCCGGGGAACUCGACCAAAGUCCUUCUCGAUACCUUUCCGGGCGCCAACGUCACUGGCAUGGACUCCUCACCGGACAUGCUCUCCAAAGCAUCUGCCUCCCUCCCAGACAUCGAAUUCAUCAAAGGCGAUCUUCACACCUUCGUUCCCAAAGAAGGGGAAGAAGUGGACCUCCUCUUCAGCAACGCAGUCUUCCACUGGCUGCGCAGUCCCACACGCAUCGGGACUCUUACUCGUCUCUUCCAAACCCUUAAGUGUGGCGGCGUGCUAGCUAUCCAAGUCCCAGAUAAUCACAACGAGCACACCCACCGUUUGAUGCGGGAAGUUGCCACACAACACGACUCACCCUGGUACCCGUACUUUGCAGAUACGCGGAUCGGCAAGUUUGAAGAUAAGAGCAGACCGGAUCUAGACUCUAUAGAGCCACCCAACAUGUUUUACAAUGCUCUUGCGCCGCACGCAGCUUCGGUCAAUCUCUGGCGCACUAAGUAUCAGCACGUGCUGAAGGAUGCGGGAGCCAUUGUCGAGUGGGUGAAAGGUACGGGAUUACAGCCAUAUCUGCAGAGGAUUGAGCACGAGGAACCGAAGAAGGCGUUUUUGGAGGAGUAUGAGAAGAGGUUGGCGAAGGCAUAUCCGGAGUUGGUGGAUGGGAAGGUGCUGCUUGGAUACCCGAGGCUGUUUGUUGUCGCAGUGAGAAAGUGAGCAUUAUUGGUAUCUCUCGACAUGAGCAGCAUAGAAAAGAUCCGGUAUUGCUUUUGUGCAGGGUGAAGGCUCGCGCUUGCCCACCUGCAUUAGCGCCAAAGGCCAUCAUCAAGGCUGAUAGUCGCAGCUUCCUUACGCUUCCUACUCA